AUUCACUUAAUUUUAUCAUAACAAUAAUCAUACGAAAUGGAAUUGACAAUUGCCUUUAUAAUAAUUUGCGUCGGAGUUUUAGGAUUUGGAAAUGUUGAAGGUAACAUUUACGUGACCAGUUUUGGUGCUCGCGGAGAUGGUAAAACUGAUGAUUCACAGGCAUUCCUAAAAGCCUGGGAGGCAGCAUGUCAAGCAGGGGGCACUAAAACUUUGACAGUUCCUGGAGGCAAGAAUUUUUUUCUUCAACCUCUCAUUUUCUCUGGUCCUUGCAAAUCUACAGUUACAUUUGAGCUCCUGGGAACUCUUUUGAUUCCUAAUCCCAGUGAGUGGAAACCAAAUAAAAAUAACCGAUGGAUAGGUUUCAAAGAUAUUGAGGCCCUCACCGUCCUGGGACCAGGACAGAUAGACGGCCGUGGUGAGGCCUGGUGGAAUUAUCGCACACCAGCAGAUCGACCAACGUCGCUUCAUUUCAACCGCUGCAAUAAUCUUCAAGUGAGGGAAAUUACUUCGGUGAAUACUCCAAGAAAUCAUAUUAGCAUCCACAACUGUACAGGUCCGACAAUAUCCAACCUAAAUCUUUUUGCGCCCGGUGAAAGCCCGAACACAGACGGGAUCGACGUCUCUUUAUCGAGCCAAAUCACAAUUAAAGAUUCCAGCAUCAGAACCGGUGAUGAUUGUGUGGCUAUUAACGGAGGCGUUGUCGGCAUCAACAUCACAAAUGUGAACUGUGGUCCUGGUCACGGAAUCAGCGUGGGGAGUUUAGGACGCAAUGGACAGACAGAAAUCGUAGAGCAAGUGCUAGUGAAGCAUUGUACAUUCAACAAGACCCAAAAUGGAGCAAGAAUCAAGACAAUUCCUGGUGGAAAAGGUUACGUGAAGGGCGUAGUAUACGAAGAUAUUACACUAAUAGAAGCAGGAAACCCUAUCAUGAUUGAUCAGUACUAUGGUUGUAAGGAUCGGUGCUCCUCUGGGGCGAGUGCGGUGGAGAUAAGCAACGUGAGGUUCGUAGGGAUUAAAGGGACAUCGGUGAAGAAAAACGCGAUAUCGAUGCUGUGCAGCGAUACGAAGAAAUGCAACGACGUCGGAUUGGAGGACGUGAACAUUACGGCGGCGGGAGAAAUAAAGGAAGUGCAGUCGGUGUGCAGCAAUAUCGAGGGCUAUUCUCGUGAAACGACCCCUCCUGUCCCGUGUUUCCCCUAAACCUCGCUGCCAUUUAUUAUACGUCUCGACUCUCUCCAUUUCCCUUUUCCGUCCCAUGUUCUUAUUAAUAAUUGAGAUGCUGUAAUAAGAUGUGUUAAUUUACCCAAAAUAAUAUAA